CGGGCGCCGCGCGGAGCCGGGCGGCGGGCGGGCGCGGAGCUGGCGAGCAGCGUGCGCGUGCGGCGGCUGCUGUCGCUGAGGCUCGGCGUCCUCUACACCCCCGUGAGCCUGGGGAACCUGCAGCCGAAAGCCGCCGCCAGCCACAGCACCAUGUACCCCGGCAACAAGCGGAAAAAGCUCUGGCGGGAGGAGAAAGAACGUUUGCUGAAGAUGACCUUGGAAGAAAGACGCAAAGAGUACUUAAGGGGAUACGUUGCACUGAAAGAUAUUCCAACGUGGAUGGAAGAAAUGAGAAGCAAGAAUGAAAGUGAUGGUGAGAAUGCUAAAGAAGAUGUGCAGGGGAAGAGAAGUCUGAGUGAGAAAGUGUCUCUGUACAGAGGUGACAUCACGCUGCUCGAGGUUGAUGCCAUCGUUAAUGCAGCUAAUUCCAGCCUUCUUGGAGGUGGAGGAGUGGAUGGCUGUAUACACAGAGCUGCUGGGCCCUGCUUACUUGCUGAAUGCCGCAACCUGAGUGGCUGUGAGACUGGACAAGCAAAAAUUACGUGUGGAUAUGACCUACCAGCAAAAUGUGCUGUGCUGGUGGUUCUGGAGGCAUUUGGCAUGGAAGGACAUCCCUGCAAGUGCCCUUUUCCUAUGGAUGCUGCUUGGAGUCAAGAUGGUGUCCUGCAAUGUCACACCAAUGUUCUAGUGGUGGGGGAUUUGCCCCUGCCUUCCUGCUGUUUCCCACAGCCACCCCCACAUGCAGCAUAUGUGAUCCAUACAGUUGGGCCGAUAGCAAGAGGGCAUCUCACUGAUACUCAUAAAGAAAAUUUGGCAAGUUGCUAUAAAUCCUCUCUGAAACUGGCAAAAGAAAACAGCAUCAAAUCACUUGCAUUCCCCUGCAUUUCGACGGGAAUUUAUGGUUUUCCAAAUGAGCCUGCUGCUGUCAUUGCCCUUAACACUACUAAGGAAUGGUUAAGCAAGAAUCACAAUGAGGUGGAUCGUAUCAUCUUCUGCGUCUUUUUGGAGGUUGACUACAAAAUUUUCAAGAAGAAAAUGGGCGAGAUUUUCCCUAUAGAUGACAAUGAAGAGACUGAAAUAAGUGAAGAGACAGAAGGACUGGAACAAAAAAGCCAGCCUCUGUCUCCCACAAAGUGCAAGGCAGAGCAGGCUGAAGAUGUGCAAGAUGAUGUUGAAGGUGGUAACAGCGCAGAGGAGAAGCAGAGUGUUGAAGAAACCGUGGGCCCAAGCCAGGAAGCAGAUGAGACGAAACCUUCCGCUGUAGCCAGCCUAUCAUCAUCAGAAGAAGCAAAGCCUAGUGAGGAUAAAGACUCCCUGAAAGUCUCCAAAGGCACGAGGGAGAGUGACCCAGCACAUCCUAUGGGGUGUGAGCAAGAUCAAGCCCAAGGACAACAGGAGGAUGCUGUGGAGGAGGAGAUGAAAACCGGGGCAGAUUCCCAAAGCUCCUGCAUGGAAAUAGAAGAGCCAUUGUUGAACCAAGAAGACACAACAGAAGAAGAGAAACCUUUGAUUCCCAGAGCAGAGGAAAAAGAAAAAGAAGGAGGAGGAGUACAAGAAGAAAAAGGAGGGAUGCAAGAGCAAGAGGAAACUUCUGCAGAGCCUAUGAAGGUUGAACUUGCAUGUGAAGCAACAGAAGCUUCGAGUAAUGACGCUGAAAUGGAUAAUCAAGUUGAAAGUAUAAAAGAUCCAAUGGAAACUGUGCCAAAAGCUUAACUAAUAGGACGAAAGAAGGAUGCAGGAGACAAGAGACCCGACAAAACCCAAAGGGCAGAAGCUGACAUCCUAUGGCAUCAUUCUUGGCAGAAGAGAGCACACAGAGGUGCUCGGUGGGUUGGGAGGGAGGGAGCUUUGGGGAAAUGACUCUUUGCUUUAAUUUCUCUUUGUUCUUCAUUGCGUUUUGUUCUGUAAACCUGUUGGAAAGAAACACAAUUUCCCAGUUCUGAUGAUGGUUUGCAAUUAUUCCUGCAAUUACAACAGUUACUUCUGAAUGACAAGUCCCUGUGUUAUAUCGGGUCUCUUUUCCUCCUCCAUCAUAUUGUUAGCCCGUCUUCAGGUCCACCCCUUUUCUAGCAUCUUUAUCUUCCUCCCCAGUUCCGAUACUGUCUGCAGGCAACUUGUGGGAGCACGUUUAUUCCCUGCCCCCCCUGCCCUGUUUUUUUAAACUGUUCCCUAGGAUACCAAUGGAGAUUUGCUUUAAGAACAUGAACUGCCACAAAGGAUUAUAAUCUACACGCACCAAUAAACAACAUCCCUCCUCGUGCUAGGGAUUUGAAAGAAGAGACUCUCCAAAAUCUCAGAUAUUGACAGAGACAGCCCUGCACGUCGCCUGCCUCCCAGCUUGUCGAUCAGCAGCUCCUGGCAACUUUUCUUAAUGCAGAGCAGUCAGCAGCUCCCAACCCAGUUGCUUGAAGAGUGGCCGGACUCUGAGGGCGCGCCGUAGGCAGAGCCUGCACAUUAACACUAUCUUCUCACUU